UAGAUUUAAAAAAUGACCAUUGUAUUUUAAAGAAGUUGGAUUUAUUGCAAGGAUGUUGUCAUGCUGUAAGUUUCUGUUUGGUUUAAAUUGAUCUAAACCUUAUUUUCUUUAUUCAGGAAAACAAUGAAGCUUUCGUCUGUUGCCUUCCUGGCUGCAGCUCUUUUGGCGGGGCURCAAAUGUGUGCCUCAUCUCCCGACAGCAUUGUAAACCGCUCAUCAAUGAACCUAUCAUCCGUCCCGACAGACCUGCCACCAACAACCGAAUACCUCGACCUUUCGUGCAAUCACAUCCACCGGCUUCACAAAGAGGACUUUAGAAACGUCAGCCUCCUUAGGGUGCUGAACGUGUCGUGGAAUGGUUUGGAGCUGAUCGACGCAGAGACCUUUCUAGACACGCCACAUUUAACCCACCUGGAUCUGUCACACAAUAUGCUGAAGAACCUGUCAGGUCAACAGUACCUGCUACACACGGGAAACCUUGCGGUGCUAAACUUAGCCUGGAACAAGUUUCUGAACAUGACAAUGGGUGCGGAGUUCAGUUUCCUGAUAAAACUGGAGAAUCUGACAGUUGGAGCACAAAACAUGCAUGUUGGUGAUUUUAGGAAUCUUGCUGAGGUAAAACUACAAAGCUUGGCUCUUUCCCUGGAGCAGGAACAUGAUUAUGAAGCAGGCAGUCUGAUGGAUGUCCAAGCUCAAAGCCUUCAUAUCUACUUCAGUAAAGGAAAAACAAUGCUCAAUGAUCUGAUUGCUGAUGCUUUGUCUCAUUUUCCUAACGUUGAGAUGAAAAAUCUGACGGGAGGCUAUAAUAAUUUAACAAAGCAGCUCAGUGAGGUCGCAGAAAUUCGCUCCACUCGUCUUUCUCUCAAUAACAUACAGAUUGAUUGGAAAGACUUGACUCAAUGUGUCAAUGCCGCUUUGAGAACACCCAUUGCCUACAUGAACUCCAACGAGGCCGCUAUCACCAAACCACCCAUUUUUGAAACCGAAGUGUCGGAGACGUCUACUAUGGAAUCCUUUACUGUCAGUCGGGCAGUUGUAAAGUCUUUCUUCUUUUCUCAGGAAGCUGUGUACAACUUUUUUAUCAACAUGCCAGUAAAGCAUCUUACAGUAGUAGAGACUUCAAUCAUACACAUGACUUGUCCAAAGAAACAGAGUCCGACUCUUGAGCUGGACUUCUCCAACUGUGCUCUGUCUGACUCCAUCUUUUCCAGACUGGAGGGUCAAAAGACCAUUGAAUGUGAGACUCUGAGCAACUUAACAAAGCUGUCUCUCCCAAAGAACAAUCUGAAGAACCUUCAUUUACUGAGCAAACGUCUGAAAUACAUGGUUUCACUGCAACAGCUGGACCUCAGCAUCAACUCUCUUGUUUACGACGGUUCGUCUGAGUGUUUGUGGCCACCAACCAUCAGGUUUAUGAACAUUUCCUCUGGAGGUUUGACAGACUCUGUCUUUAAUUGUCUUCCAAAAGGGYUGGAAAUACUGGACCUGCAGAACAACCAGAUUUCUGUGGUGCCACCAAUCAUCUUUAAACUAAAAAACCUUGUUUCCCUGAAUCUAAACGCUAACAGACUACGAGAUCUACCAACAUGCGAUAACUUUCCAAUGCUGACAGAGAUCCUGCUUAAGUCUAACUCCCUCCAUGCUCCCUCGAUGACCAAGUUUAAAAGCUGCCCCAGACUAAAAAUCUUGGAUGCUAGUCACAACCCGUUUACCUGCACCUGCCCUCUGAGGGACUUAAUUAGGUUUGGCAUUAAUGCUGAGAACAACAAAGGUCACACAGGUGUUAAACUUUUGAACUGGCCACACGGCUACUACUGCAUCUACCCAGAGAACGUCAGGGACUCCCUGUUAAACAGCUUCUGGAUUUCUGAGAUCUCGUGCGACCCACGCGUCCUGGCAGCCACCAUCUUGGUCCCUGCAGUGGUGCUGAUCAUCACAGUGUUCUUUCUGUGCCAACAUCUUGACGUUCCUUGGUACAUCAGCAUGAUGUGGCAGUGGACCAGAGCCAAACAUCGGGCGAGGAUGCAUCAACUCAGACCAGAAGAGCUGACGAGUGUGGAGUUUCACGCUUUUGUGUCCUACAGCCAGCAUGAUGUAGACUGGGUGAAGAACUAUCUCAUUCCCAAUCUUGAAGGUCCUGCGGGAGGGCUCAGAAUCUGCCACCACGAGAAAAACUUUGUGCCAGGAAAAUCGAUUAUCGAGAACAUCAUCAGCUGUGUGGAGAAAAGCCGCCGCUCCGUUUUUGUGCUUUCUGCUCAUUUCGUCAAAAGCGAGUGGUGCCAUUACGAGCUGUAUUUUGCCAGCCACCAACGUAUGUCUGUGGGCUCGGACAGCCUUGUGCUGGUGCUGCUCGAGCCUUUGCCCCAGUACCUGAUCCCAUCCAAGUACUACCAGCUCAAGGCCAUGAUGAACCGUCACACUUACCUGGAAUGGCCUCAGGACAGAGCCAAACACAGGCUUUUCUGGGCUAACCUCAGAGCUGCCCUACAGGCCGACCUACCAAACGCACCAGUCACAGAAGUAUCGGAGUAA